UGACAAAGCAAUCUGGAAGGAAGAAUGAGGACAACAGUGAAAGCUGCUGUGCUCGUGGCACGUGCUGUGACUGUGGCAUCCGUGCUUGUGCUCGGAGGUGCUGUGCCUUGCUUCGCAGCAGCAGCAGGAGGAGGAGGAGGAGAAGGAGGAACAGUAGGAACAGACUAUGAGUGUGAGCGGGCUAGUGGUGAUGUUGCGAGGGAUGAGAUGGUGAUUGGCUUUGGCUCGUGCAACAAGCCCGACUUUCCACAAACGGCGUGGCAGUGGAUGGACGACACCGAUCUCUUCCUCUUCAACGGCGACGUCGUGUACAGCGCCACGAUAGGGGUGGAUGGGUUGGAGAAGGCCUUCGAUUCAUUGGACGCAGGUCCAGCAUAUCAGCGCGUCAAGCAAGCAAAGGCCUCCAAGUGGCACUGCAGGGCUGUUGCCGAUAAUUGCGAGGUGCAUCAAGGCAUAUGGUCAACGUGGGACGACCACGACUUUGGCAUCAACGAUGGCGGCGGAGGCGAGCCGCUACCAAUCAUAAAAGACUUGCAGGUUGAAGAGCGGCUGCGUGUGUUCAAGGAGCACAUGCAUCCACGAUGCACGGACACCUCGCGCGUGACGCUUUCCAGCCGUAAUGGCACCUACCACUCCACCAAACUUCACGUUGGGGAUAAGCGAGACGUUGUCAUUUCGCUGUUGGACACACGCACACACCGCCAGCUGCACGCGAUUCCCUCGCUUGGCACAUUCAGCUUCAUCCCGCUCAUCGGCAAACUCUUCCCCAUCACCGCCGGCGCCACACGCAUGCUGGCCGCAAACCUCGGGUGGGGCAACACCAACAGAGGCGCAAUGCUGGGCGAAGAGCAGUGGCGAUGGCUGGAAAACACGCUGUGCAGCAACAACGACGAUGACACCACGCACAUCAUCGUCUCCUCCAUUCAGGUGCUGACGAGCAACCCGCUUGUUGAGAGCUGGGGCCACUUCCCGACAGAGCUGCAGCGUUUGCUGUCACUGCUGGACACGUGCAACCUCAAGCACGCCAUCAUCGUCUCAGGGGACGUCCACUUUACAGAGUUCACCUCGCUCCCAAGCGGACAGCUGGUGGAAGUAACCUCGUCGGGGAUGACGCAUGACUGUACGGGCGGUGUUCUGCCGCGAGCGCUGUGUUCGCUCGCCAUAUCCACGUUUGGACACCACCGCAGCAAGCAGGACACCUUCCACCCGCGACGCGCGUUUGCAAAGAUGCGACUACACUGGCGCCGUGAUGGUGCUGGUGGUGAUACAGACACGGCACAAGCUGAAGGCAAUGCACGCGCCACAAGAGACGCUGAUGGUGGUGGCGGUGCACGUGGGCCGAGUGCUGUUGUCGAGGUGAUUGCGAGCGAGGAUGGGCAAGUGGUGCACACGCGGCGGGUUGUCAGCCUGGCCAGUGGGCGCGUGUAUGGCAAUGAGGCCAAUCAGCAGCGAUGGGGCGUGAUCCACCGACCGCCAGUCCCGCUACACAUGUUGAUGGUGUCCGUUGCUGCCGUCGUGCUCGCUGCAGCACUUCCCUUGCUUGCUUGGUGCUGCAAGCGCAAGUCACACUGACAUCAUGUGUGUGUGUGUGUGUGUGUGUGUGUGCGUGUGUGUGUGUGUGUGUGUGUGUCUGUCUGUGUGUGUGUGUGUGUGUCUGUGUGUCUGUGUGUGGGUGUGUGUGUGUGUGUCCUUGUGCGCCCUGUUGUUGAUCUUUUGUUCCUUCGCCCUCGCUCUCUUGUUGGUGAAACGGUGCGAGCUCAUACGUGUAAUUAAAAGGCACGAUCAGCGAAACGUUGCGCAAACCAGA